AUGUCUGGUUCCAAAGAUGAGCCCACCGGGGAACCGGGAAAAGAGGGAUUGGGGGAUAUCCUGUUCGAUCCAAAGGAGAAAGCUAAAGUAGACAUCAUCUUCGUCCAUGGCCUGGGAGGCAACAGGAUCGAUACAUGUAAGCAAUAUGGUCGUACCCAAAACCCAAGAGUCGCAAAGGAGGAAUUUGAACUCUGGCAUUUGCCGAACUAUAUGUCUCAUCAACUCUGCGAAUACAUAGGGACCUGGAAGAAUGAAGACCGUUCUCAAUUCUGGCCAAAGACCCUCUUGCCCACCGACUGCCCAACGGCAAGAAUCAUGUCGUUUGGGUAUAAUUCCGAUUUCGCACAUUUCUUCCCGAUGAUCGGCCCAAAGGGUAUCUCGCCCGAUCUGACGAUCGAUAAUUACUCGGCAUCUUUGUUCGACGCUCUGAUCGGGUUGCGAAAAAAGACCAACACAGCGGAGCGGCCUAUUAUAUUUGUCGCACACAGCCUCGGCGGCCUUGUCGUUGCGAAUGCACUUUCCCGGCCGCAUGGCACAGACGACGCUGCCAAAGAACUCGCUGAUCAAACGAUCGGUACCCUGUUCCUAGGCACACCAUUCCAUGGUUCUUCUAAAGCCAAGUAUGGCAGUCUAGCGGUGAGCUUUCUAUCAUAUUUCAUGGCGGCGGCGAAGCAAAACAUCGAGGAUCUCAAGGAGCGCUCUGCCAAACUCGCCAGUAUAAACGAUGCCUUUGCAAAAUUCCUGAAACAGCGUGACCGCUCCCGAACCAAGCCGUUCCUGGAAGUGGCUUGUUUCUUUGAGGACGAGUCGCUGUAUAAGAAGGGCGUUAAGAUUGGAAAGAUUGUUCCGAAGGAGUCUGCGAGCUGGCUGGGGGUUGAUGCGCUGUCGAUUUCAAAAGACCAUAUCGCCAUGUGCAAGUUUAGUGACGAGGAUAGUUCUGACUACAAGAGCGUUUCCGGGAAGUUGGCUCAGUGGGUCGCGGAUAUUGACAAGAAUCAGGACUUGAGCAGCGGGAGAGUGAAGGGGCUCAAUGCGCAGGUUUGUCACCACAGCUCCCCCCCGAUCCUUGGAGGUUUGACUGACGUUCGCGAACAGGGCAUUGUUGUCAACCAAGGGAAUGUCGAUAAUCGCGGAAUUACGAACCAUGGCGUUGUUACUGGAAACAAUUAUGGCACUUCUAAGGACGCGAUUAAGAUUACGGGGACUAUUGUGAGUACGGCACUUUCGAGGGAAGAGGUAGAUACUGACAGUAUGAAGAACUACAAUGGUGUAAAACCUGUUGUUGAGCCCGAAUGA